AUGUAUAAUUAUGAUAAUUUCAAUGAUUUAUUAGAACAUCGUCAACAUUUACCAUUUGGUAAUGAAAUAAGAUCAUGUUUAAUGUUCCGACAAUUACCAUUAAUAACAUCAGAUCAACCAGAUUAUGCUGAAAAUAUUACAUGCCUUAGGCAACUUACACAAGCUUUAGCUACAAAAUUAGAAACUGAAAUUCUUCGUAAAAAUCGUAAUAGUAAACAUAAUAGAAUGGGUGCAUUAUAUUGCCAAUUAAAUGAUGUUUGGAUAGCACCAUCAUGGUCUAGUAUUGAUUUUAAUGGAAAUUAUAAGUUUCUUCAUUAUUGGGCUAAAGAAUUUAUGAAACCAAUAUCAAUAAUAGCACAUUCAAAUAAAAGUACAAAUGAUGUUGAAAUAACAGUUAUAAGAGAUACCAUCGAAAAGUCACCAUUAACCUUUAAUAUUAUUCGGAAUACUUUCUUAUAUAAUACAUUAGCUCCAACAAAAAUAUAUGCAGCCAAAACUAUUUCUAUUAAACCAAAUAGUGUAUUGUCAGCUGAUACAUUCCAACUUGAAUCAAAUUUAGAUCCAAAAACAUAUUUUUAUGAGAUUCUUCUUAAAGAUGGUAGAGGUAAUAUUCUAGAUUCAACACCAUUUAAUACAAUUGAUCAAAUUGGAAUAGUUUCUAAAAAUAAUUUAUGGAAUUCGUUUACAGAUGUAAGAUUUUCUAUAACUAUAGGCAAAUCGAUAAGAACAGAAACUGUACAAAAUAUUAAACGUAUAGCUCAUCAUGCAAGUAUAGCAAUAAUUGCUGGUAAUAAUGAAAAUGAAGCUGCAUUAGUACAAAAUUGGUACAAUACAAAACCUGAGCAGAAACGUUUUGAAAAAGAACAUCGGCUUUUAUAUAAUGCAACAAUCAACGAUAAGUUAAGAAAAUUUUAUAAGCAUCCAUCAAGACCAGAUCCAUUAACAUCAUCACCAUCAAAUUGUGAUACUAUUGAAGAUGAUUUUAUAUCACCACAGCCACAAGAUCCAAAUUAUGGUGACAUACAUUUCUAUAAAUAUUUUCGUGAUUGGUCUGAUCCAGACGUAUAUCCAAUACCAAGAUUUUCCUCAGAAUAUGGUUUUCAAUCAUUACCACAAAAAUCUGCAUGGGAUAAAAUUAUGUAUAAUCAUGAUAAUUUCAAUGAUUUAUUAGAACAUCGUCAACAUUUACCAUUUGGGAAUGAAAUAAGAUCAUGUUUAAUAUUCCGACAAUUACCAUUAAUAACAUCAGAUCAACCAGAUUAUGCUGAAAAUAUUAUAUACUUUAGUCAACUUACACAAGCUUUAGCUACAAAAUUAGAAACUGAAAUUCUUCGUAAAAAUCGUAAUAGUAAACAUAAUACAAUGGGUGCAUUAUAUUGCCAAUUAAAUGAUGUUUGGAUAGCACCAUCAUGGUCUAGUAUUAAUUUUAAUGGAAAUUAUAAGAUUCUUCAUUAUUGGGCUAAAGAAUUUAUGAAACCAAUAUCAAUAAUAGCACAUUCAAAUAAAAGUACAAAUGAUGUUGAAAUAACAGUUAUAAGAGAUAGCUGUUAUAAGAUAUAA